AUGUACCAAGCUGCCUGGUUCUUCAGCGGCGCGUGGCUGCACAACAAGUGCAGCACAUGCCAGCGCAUGGCUUACUUGCUCAUCCUAUGGCUGCCGCAGCUCCGACGUGCAACAGACGAGCGCAAUGCUUGCAGACUUUUCGUGCGAUUGCUGGGUGCAUCCAUUCCCGGGCUUGCAGAGCCAGGACUGCUCAUGCGCGAGCAUCCAUGUGUGGAAGUGGCAUUCGGUGAUACAGUGAAGGAGUCCGAACCUGCUGAGUACGUCUCUGUGGGCACACCAACUUUCGGACCAAGCGCCCGAAAGCCAGGUUUGGUUCCGACAGCGCUGCAGGAUUGUGAGUGGCACUUCGGCGACACGAUGGUCUUCACUGUUCAGCUGUCGGAGCUCACUUCCUGUGGCUUGUCCCUUCGUGUGCGCACACGGAGUGACAUGCGCCUGGGUCCCUUGCAGCUGGACCUGGCCCGGCCAAGCCAAGUCGGUUGCUGCACACUUGACAUGAGGCGUCGGAUCCUUCCUGCAUGCUCCAACCCAAAAGUGGCCCAGGUCGCAAGCAAGGGGGUAAAGGAUGAUGCAACUGCCCAUGCAGCUUCGCAAGAGAUCUGGGAGUCUGAGCAGAUGUGCUUGCCACUCGUUACAGCCGACGGCGCGGAUGAAGGAGCAUGGCUCUUGGUGAGUUUCGCGCUGUCUGCCAACCCGCAGUCGCUCGAAAAACUGGCUUCCCGGGCAGACAGGACGUUGGUUGAGCGAGUUUCUGAAAGUGUCUCACAACUGGGCCAACAAGCCCAGCCAGCGUUACAGUGGGCGGCAGAAUGUUGUGCCACAGAAACAGCGAGGAGCUCUCAAGAGCGGAUCGUCGUGUCCAUCCCAGCCAUGGAGCACGAAAGCAUGGGCGUGGACUUAGGCCGCAGCCAAGCAGGGGCGCCCGAGAGCCAGCAGAGCCGGGAGUGUGCGGCUUCACCACAGCAGGAGAUAGAAGCGGAGCCUGCGCCAGAGCCGCCUGCCUUCCCGGAGACGGCUCCAAGCAGGCUCCCAGUUCGGAGCCAGUGUGGAAGAUAUCUCGUUUCACAUGGGGCUGGGCCCGGCCCUACCCUGCCCAUGCCGUACACCUUGAACCCAGCGUGGACAUGGCAUCAGAGGCCACAGCUCACGGCACAGAGCGCCGGCUUGCAACCUCAAACGUGGGGCUUUCCACAGCCAGCUCCUGUGCCGGCUCACCUGCCGCAGUUCCGCUAA